AGCAUAAAAAGAAAGAAGGGUGAAGAAUAAUAUGAGGUGGGAUCACCCCAAAAACUGUUCAAUAGGUCAGCCACUCCAGAAAUUUAUGUUAAAAGCUUUAAUUUCAUUUUGGGUAAAUUGUUUCUUCUUUGUUGUAUUUUCUUCUACUAUGUUCCAAUCCAUAUUUAAAAAAAAAAUAAAAAAAAUCAGGUUACAAUUCAAUUAGUAGUUUCCUUUUUUUCAAAUUAGUUACACUAAUCCUCAUUUUUUUACUCAUAUCACAGUCAAGUUGUUGAAUUUGUAACAUUGUAAUUAACACAUGAUAAUUAAUUCCGUUUAAGUAGUAACUUACCCUUCCUAGCAAUAAGCAAAUAAUUUACGUCAUAAUAACUGACAAUUCCUUUUUUUUUUUUGACAAUAAAUAACUGACAAUUACUCCAUUUAUUUAUGUAGUGUCUUCCAUUACAUAUUUAUUUCAUUUUUUAUUUGUCCAUUAAUUCAUGCUUUUCUUUCACUACUGUUCUUCCCAUGAUAUACAUAACCUUUAACUUUUAUCCGUGAUUCAUGAAAGGGACAAUAGUAGCAUACACAAGAAAAAGCCAAAAAGUAUUCAAUUAUCAAAAGAAAAACCAAUAAAAAAAAUAAUGAGAGACAGUGAGUGAGUGGAUCUAACCCAAAUCCAACACAAACCAUUUAUAUAUUUAUAGGACAGACAGAGUUGAAUAUCAACCUAACCACCACUAACAACUUUAUGCUUUUUGUGCUAACUUCAAUUCAAUAAGUAAAAGUGUUACAACUUUCAAGGGUGAGAACAAAAUAGAUCUAGUUGAGUUGAGUUGUGUUGUGUUUUAGAGAUCUGAGUUUGUGGAAGGAAAUAUUAAAAUGGGUGUGAAUGUGAAUGUGGGGAUUUUUUGUGUUUUUGUUGUGCUUUUCGUGGCAAUUCAAGCAAUGGGAGUUUCUAUAGCUGCUGCACCAAUGGAUCCUAUUUCAGAGAAUAAGAGCAUCUUCGGCAAAAAGAGCAUCUUCAGGAAAAAGCGACCCCCGUCCCGCUCUCGCCCCAUUGACUACACAUUCAAGCUUCCAAUUACACCAACUUCUUGGCCAGAAGGUAACGGAUUUGCAGGCGGAGUCCUCAAUCUAGGUGGGCUGCAAGUGUCUCAAGCAUCAAAUUUCAGCAAAGUAUGGGGUGCAUACGACGGUGGCCCGGAAAACCAAGGCGUCUCCGUGUACGAACCAACAGGAAUACCUCAAGGAUUCUCUAUGUUAGGUAGCUACAGCCAACCAAACAACAAACCUCUUUUUGGAUAUGUUCUUGUAGCAAAGGAUGUUUCUUCAAGUACCACAAAUAAAACAUUAAAACCGCCGGUUGAUUACACACUUGUGUCGAACACGGCUACAAAAGAUUCCACUUUGUAUAUUUGGUUACCAAUACCACCAAAUGGCUACAAAGCUUUAGGCCAUGUUGUCACCACAACACAAGAUAAACCUUCACUUAACAAAAUCAUGUGUGUAAGAUCCGACCUCACAGACCAAUGCGAGUCUUCUUCGUGGAUAUGGGGAUCAAACAACUUAAAUUUCUAUGAUGUUAGACCAAUCAAUAGAGGAACUCAAGCUCCCGGUGUUCGUGUUGGUACCUUCAUUGCACAAAACGGUGGAAACACUAACCCUCCAUCAAUUUCAUGUUUGAAGAAUCUCAAUGCUAUAUCAAAAAUCAUGCCGAAUAAAAAGCAAAUCGAGGCAAUACUCCAAUCUUACUCUCCAUUUCUAUACUUAAAUUCUGCUGAAGAAUACUUACCUUCCUCGGUUAAUUGGUUUUUCUCCAAUGGUGCCUUACUAUACAAGAAAGGCGACGAGUCAAAUCCUGUUCCAAUAGCACAAAAUGGAACUAACCUUCCUCAAGAUCCUAACACUGAUGGUGCCUAUUGGCUAGACCUACCUGCCAAUGUCGCAAACAAAGAGAGAGUCAAGAAAGGUAAUCUACAAAGUGCAGAAUCUUAUGUACAUGUGAAACCAAUGUAUGGAGGAACAUUCACUGAUAUUGCAAUGUGGAUUUUCUACCCUUUUAAUGGACCUGGAAGAGCAAAAGUAGAGUUCGUAACCGUCAAAUUUGGAAGAUUAGGCGAACAUGUUGGUGAUUGGGAGCAUGUGACAUUAAGAGUAAGUAACUUAGAUGGUCAAUUAUGGCAAGUUUUUUUCUCGCAACAUGGUAGUGGUCAAUGGAUUGAUUCAUCGCAACUCGAGUUUCAAAAUGAUAAAAGACCUGUUGUUUAUGCUUCAUAUCAUGGUCAUGCAGCAUAUCCACAUGCUGGUCUUGUUCUACUAGGGAAAAAUGGUGUAGGUGUAAGAGAUGAUACUGAUAAAGGUAACAAUGUUAUGGAUAUGGGAAAAUUUGUAUUGGUUUCUGCAGAUUAUUUGGGGUCUCAAGUUAAAGAGCCAGCAUGGUUGAAUUUUUUUAGGGGAUGGGGUCCACAUGUGGACUAUAAUGUAGAUGAUGAAUUGAAGAAUGCUGAGAAGCUUUUGAUUGGGAAGCUAAAAGAUGGUUUUGAAAAAAUUAUUAGGGGUUUACCAAAAGAAGUGUUUGGAGAGGAAGGGCCAACAGGUCCAAAGGCAAAGAUUAAUUGGAGUGGUGAUGAAUUUUGAAUUUUGUACACUUUUUUUUAGUUAUAUUUAUUCUUAGUGAUG